AUGGUGGGGGCCAUUGUCGGCGGCGGUAUUAUUGUCAAAACAAAACCUGAAGUAGAACCUGAAGUAGAACAUGAAGUAAAACCUGAAGUAGAACCGGAAGAAAAACCUGAAUUAGAACCGGAAGAAGAACCUGAAGUAGAACCGGAAGAAGAACCUGAAGUAGAACCGGAAGAAGAACCUGAAUUAGAACCUGAAUUAGAACGUGAAGUAGGACCUGAAGUAAAACCUGAAGUAGAACCUGAAGUAGAACCUGAGCUAGAACCUGAACAAGAACCUGAAUUAGAACCUGAAGUAGAUCUUGAAGUAAAACCUGAAGUAGAACCUGAAGUAGAAUCUGAAUUAGAUCCUGAAAUAGAAUCUGAUAUAGAACCUGAAAAAGAACUGAACUAUAACUAG